AUGCGUGUUUCGCUUUCAACUCCACGUGUGUGUGUGUGUGUGUGUGUGUGUGUGUGUGUGUGUGUGUGUGUGUGUGUGUGUGUGUGUGUGUGUGUGUGUGUGUGUGUGUGUGUGUGUGUGUGUGUGUGUGUGUGUGUGUGUGUUCUCUCUCUCUCUCUCUCUCUCUCUUUUUUCAUCAUUUUAUCUGACAAAUUGAUGGCAGCGCGGGAGGGUGUGGCAGUGGCAGCGCCUGGGGAGGCACAGACACAGCCGCUUGAAAGUGGACGGGGAUCAAUGAGGGGGGACUCUCGGUCCAUCGCCGCUGUACCGCAGGAUUCAACGUUGGAGGAUGCCGAGGCUAUCGAGUGGUUGACCAACAUUCGACACAUGGGCUUGCGGUUGGAAUUGCCACAGACCAGUAUCUGUGCGGCGCAGCACCUUUGCUGGCGCUCCCUUCGCCAUCGUGCACUCGAGCAAUUGGAUCGCGGGCUGUUGGCUGUGGCCUGCGUCUAUCUCAGCUGCAAGGCACAGGAGACGACGCGACAGCUGCGAGACGUUAUCACGGUUGCCUUUCGGGUACUGCACCCAGGCCGCGGUGUACUCGAAGUAAAUCAGCUGUACGAAUGCCUACGCGAGUCAGUGAUCAACACUGAGCUGAUCGUCGUGCGGUGCCUUGAGUUUCACGUCGCCUUUGAGCCUCCACACAAGUAUGCCGUUUACGUGGCUAGCGCAUUGGCGCAGGAGGAACUGCUUCAACAGCCGCCGCUACCAACAUCCAUGCCCGUCGAAGCACGCCAUAAACCACCUGGAGAGUCUUCCGUCAACCUUGACGAGCGCUUGCUUAAUAUCCAAGCCAUGGCCCGCACCUUUGCCGAGGCCAACCUUGCCGACCGACAACACCAGCUUGUCGCGCUGACCGCAGCCAUUCUAAAUGAUGCCUGCACCAUAUGCCCCGAGUUUCAUACGUUGCAUGUUCAUACACAAGCCUGUGUGGCCGUCUACACGGCCCUGCAGCUACUCCUGAUGAGCACGUUUGCCUUCCACCACGACACCUGGGGCAUCUGGGAUCAGCUCCUGCCCCCUCGUGUUGCAGCACGUGACGUGCUUCCUGUCUGGGCUCAACGGCUGAUGGAGGCUCUGGUGCAAAGUCAGACCCUUUCAUCUGCAGCCACCAGUGCGGAGCGGGCCUCUUGA